AUGUUACAUUAUUACAUAUACUGCAUAGAGAGAGAGAGAAAAGGGUAUACUAGAGAGAGAAAGAAACAGACACUUUAUAGUAAUAAUAAAUCCCUUGACGUUUUCACCCCUUAUUCAAUGCUUUACCAAACUCCCUAUCCUCUUCUCUUUCAAUUUCAUCCUUUACCUUCAUCUUCUUCUUCUUCCACCAUUCCCCAACAAGUUCCUCUCUUUUCUCAUCUACCUCUUCACCAGUUUGAGAAAACAGAAAUGGAGUGCGUUGAAACAGCGUUGAAAACGAGUUUAAGGAAAGACAUGGUACCUCAAACAAUUGUCGACGAGGUUACAGGACUUAAUGGACCAAAUGGAACAACCUCGGACGAAUUUUUCGUUGACGACCUCCUUGAUUUCUCUCACGUGGAAGAAGAAGAACAAAACGAGGAUGAAGAACAACAAGACUAUGUUUGUGUCACUCUCAAACAGAGCAAUGAAAUUUCUAACCUUGACAACACUUUCUCUCUCCAACAAGAUUACGGUUCUUUACCCACCAGCGACCUCAAUGUUCCGAGUGACGAUGUUGCGGACUUGGAAUGGCUUUCUCAUUUUGUUGAAGAUUCUGAUUCCUUCUCGGAAUUCUCUGCUGCUAUGCCGGUUAUUACCUUAACAACGACGGAGAAAAAACCGAUGGUUCUUCCUGAGCCGAAGCCGGAGAAGAAAAACCCGGUUUUUACUUUCAAAACACCGGUUCAGACCAAAGCUAGAAGCAAAAGAACAAGAACCGGUGUUCGGGUUUGGCCAUUCGGGUCAACUUCUUUAACAGAUUCUUCUACGAGCUCAACUUCAUCUUCAACCUCUUCCUCUCCUACCAGCCCCUUGUUGAUUUACACCAACGUACCGCAAAGUUUUGACUCGGUUCCGGCGAGGAAACCGAAGAAAAUGACAUGUUUCAGUGGUUCGGGUCACGGCGCGGUGGCUCUGGCGCCGCGACGGUGCAGUCAUUGCGGUGUUCAGAAGACACCUCAGUGGAGAACUGGACCACUUGGAGCAAAAACGCUUUGUAAUGCUUGUGGGGUCCGUUAUAAAUCGGGUCGGUUAUUACCCGAGUAUCGACCCGCUUGUAGCCCUACAUUUUCAAGUGAAUUGCACUCCAACCACCACCGGAAGGUGCUUGAAAUGCGGCGGAAGAAGGAGGUUGUUGGUGGUGUUGAAGUUGAAAUUGAAACCGAAACCAAAACCGGUUUGUCCCCUUCUCCGGUUGUUCCCAGUUUUUGA